AUCACUUGCGGGGACCCAUUCCAAGUUUAACCAAACUUAGGAUUUUAAGCGAUAUGUGUAACUGAUGCCAAAAAUAAUCAACCCAUCAUUUUUUUUUUUUUAGCAAAAAGUUUGAAAAGAAAAUAAAAUAUUUAAUUAUUUGCGUCAAAAAUAUUAUUAUUAUUAUUAUUUUACUGAAAAAGUGGGACGUCACAGUGGGUCGCCGUGGAUGUCGGUUGCGGAGCGUGGUGGUAUGUUACAAUGUUACGAUCCUAAAGUCCUACAUCACCUAAGCAUGGGUUUGGCCUAAUGUAUAUAAGCUCUUGGCACCCUCCCCUUGUAAGCAUAUUUUCAAGGGUGAGUUCUACCCUUGAGUUUCUAUCCCUCGUUAAGAUAUGGGGUCUAAAUUCAGAGCCCUGGGGUUUCUUUUAACUAAACAAAUGGAUGGUUGUGGGGCUUCCUGGUGUGUGGUUGGGAGCAGGAAAAAGUAGGAAAUGACGAAGAAGAGAGUGAUUCUGUCUUGUUUUGCCCCAAUGUAAAUUUGGGUCUGCGUGGAUUUAGUUUUCCAUUCAUUAAGGAUGUUGUAUAUAUUGAGUUCUCCCGGUUAGGUUUAGUAGUUGAUUGAUGGUGUAUAUCAAGGUAAACUAUAGUUACUUUUACACGACUUUGUCGUUCUAGAUCGUGAAAACAACCUACAUCGUUGUGACUGGGUGGGUGGGAUGUGUGCACUUGAUAGGUGACGAUUUUAUAUGAAUACUUUCAUUUACUUGGUGCUAUUUAUGUUAGGGAAUCACAUGAUUUGUUAUCCGAAGUUGAUAAUAAGCAAUGGGGCUGUAGUUGAGCUUGUCUAAGUACCGAAUGUGUUGCGGAGUGAAAGCUUGACCUCAGGGACGCUUUAGUCAAUUUGCCUUACUUGGUCUUGUGAUGGUGGGUAGCGAUGUCUAGUGCAGAAUCGUAGUUCACGGCUGAAUUGGUGCGCUCCAAAUACUCAAGUCAUCAUAUCGGAAUGGCACUUCAGAAUCAGAAUUGCAAUCAUAAAUGAAGUCGAAAAAUGGCUAUGGAACAAAGUCAACAUGAAAAGCAACAACCAGCUGCCACAAAUCCAGCUACCACUUCGUGCCGAAAGAAGAAGUCGGAAGAGGCUACUUUCUUGGAGGAUGUGAAGGAUCACAUUGAUGAGUUUAUUCAUGCGUCAAUGGAUGAACACAAGACUUGCUUUAAGAAAACUAUCCAGAAGAUGUUUGGAAUGUCGAAAGUGGUUGCAGAAAGGAAUUCUGCCACCAAGGAAGUUGAAAGCUCUUUGCCCCUUAAAACUGUUGUGUCCGACUAGUAGAUCUAGUAAUCUUUCAGCUCGUUACUGAGGAGUUAAACAGUUUUAUUUGGUGGGAACUAGCGAACUACAACAAUGUAUGGUUUUUCUCCAGAUUGUCGCUGGGAUUUCAAUUGGACAUAUAGUGGGGUUUUAUACUGAGGAACUUGGUUGUUCUUAGAUGUAGUUCUUAAACGGAUGCGAAUCCAGUGCACUUCUGAUCUAUGAGUUUCCUCUCUUUGACUGAAGGAUUUGGGCAAUUGACUUCAAUUUUUAUCA